GUCGUCUUCUUCUCUCCUCGUUCUUUAGUGGUUUUGUUUGUGUUUCUUUAUUCUGUGUUAUGUGUUUGUGUUGAGUAUUAGUUUUCCUGCAUGCGGAUUUGAGAGGAAGAGUUUUCUUUUUUUUAGUAUGAUGAGGUUUUUUGGAUCUUUUCUCUGAAGGGUUUGGAAUUUCUUUAACUGAAUUUCUGUGCUCCCUUUUGAUUUUAAUGUGUUUGUGUUAAUGCCCGGAGGUUAAGUAUGCAUUUUUUUUGUUAUCUUGGGUUUAUCUCAUGGGAAUCAUUCUUUAAUUCUUAUGAUUGUCUCUGCUUUUGCUAAAGGGCCUGACUUUAUUUUUAAAAAUUAGAAUCAAACAACAACCGUUAUGCUGUUCUGCUUCACUUUCUGGAUUGUUUUGAACUCAUUUCGAUCUUCGAUUCUAUAUAAUCUAGUUUGGAGUGGAAGGGAGGAAAAAAAUUAGGACUUGUUCUUGGGAAGUUUGAAUCUUUUCUUUGUUUUUCUGGGUUAUGGAUCCUCGUAUCACAUUUUCAAAUUUUAGAGCCCUGCAAUGAAAGAGAGAAUUUUUACUUUUCAUCGCCGGUAGCUAAGCUACUGCAUGUUUUACAUAGAUGAGCACCAAUUUAGGAGCCCAACAGUAUGUAAUUUGUAUUGUGUUCCUCGACCUCUUCAAUUUCUAGGAGUGUGUUUUAUUAGAUAAAAAAUGGUGAAGCCAUGAUAUCUCAUGAGAUCCAUGUUACAGAUCUGUUGUUACUCAUUAAGGUAUAGCAUUUGAUUUGCUCGUGUUGCGACUGGUGAUUUUGCCUAUAAUCAAUCAAGUCAUUAUGCUUUGCGCAUUUGGUACUCACUUAUUUGAGAUUUAGGAAAUUAGGGUGUUGGUUGGGAGAUACACUAUGGUCAAUGAAUGGUCUUGCAGAAAUUGAUGGAUGCUUUUGUCUUAUAAUUUGUGUUUGUUAUAUCGACUUUUCACCUAAAGUUAUUGUUGAUCAAAUAUAGAAUUGGAGAGUAGAAAAUUGUGAUAAAGAUGUUUCUUAAAUGCUUAAGCACAUGGAAUACAUGUGGUUUGAAUGGCCUGCACCAAUAAAUAGUUGCAUAGUAUAGAGACAUGUAUUGAUCUAAUGGCUUUUCCUUCCUUUCAAGGAUUGUGAAUAGGGGUGGCGGAUGAGUCGAGCCGCAAGUUUUUCGAGCUCGAGUCGAGCUCAAAAUUCAACUCGUCAUCCACCCCUAGGCGGGACCCUGGUCGGAAGGAUGACACUGAAAAAAAAAGAAAAAAAAAAGAUGAUUUUGCAAUUGAGUUAUAAAUGCAGGGAUGCAAAUGAUAGAUACCCUAUUUUGGCAUAUCAAAAUUUCCAUUGGGUUGGGAUUUAUUGUCCUCCUUCCAUCCUUCCACCCUGGUUAAUAUUCUUAGCACUCUGCGCCCUCAGUUUAUGGUGCAUGGCUGUUCAACUUGGAAGUUAUACUCGAACGAUUUGUCUUUAUGUCAAAAUUUUUUCCCCUAAUUUACAGUCUCUUUUUUUCAUAAUUUUGAUCUUUUCAGUUUCUUAUUCUUCUCAAUUGCAGUCUGAUGGUGACAAGAGUCAGCCGAAUAAAAGGAUUUGGGUUUGAACUGCAUUGCUAUAAAACAAAACCAAAAAUGUUUUCACACGGAGGAUUUGUAGUUAGGAUAUUAAUAUUAAAUAAUUAUUCGAAUUUAAACUAUUAGACCAGAUCAGUUGUAAUUUUGAUUUCACAGUUUAAGGAUGUUGAGAGCUGACCCGUCAUUCCCUACCCCUCCCUUUUUGUUUUUUUCUCUAUCUUUGGUGAAAAUCUUGGGUCCUAUUAAAGUUGAAGAAAAUCAUAGCCACAGACUCUUAACCCUUUUUGGUGCAGCUUGUGAAGGUCAGUUUCUUGUGUAGAAUAAUGUAAAAUGCUGAAGCAAAUGCUGGCUUGCUCCAAGGUGUAUGUUUCUGAAAGCAGGAAUAGGGCUGCUCUGGAAGCAGUUGAAAGGGCAGCAAAGCUGUUUCCAGCGGCCCCCAUUGUCAACAAGUUUGAGGAUGUGACUUACAACAGAGUUGGAUACACACUGGUCUCAGAAAUGGGAGAAAACCCGAGUUCAUGUCCACUGAAGAAUGCUGUUCUUGAAAUGGUGAAAGCUGCUUUUCAGGCCAUUGAUCUUCAGAUGCACUGUGGGAGCCAUCCCAGGCUUGGUGUUGUGGACCACAUCUGUUUUCAUCCCUUGGCUGGUGUGUCUUUGGAUCAUGUUGCAGGGACUGCUAAAUCUUUGGCAGCUGAUGUUGGCUCAGGGUUACAAGUUGCUACCUUCUUGUAUGGAGCAGCACAUAGUGAGGGAAGAUCCCUCGAUUCAAUCAGAAGGGAGAUGGGCUAUUUCAAACCAAAUUCGGAAGGAAAUCAGUGGGCAGGUGGGCCACAGUCAGAAAUAUUGCCACUGAAUCCCGAUGAGGGCCCUGCUUGUGCUGUUCAGAGAAAAGGUGUUGUCGUCGUUGGAGCCACCAAUUGGGUCGAUAACUAUAAUGUUCCAAUAUUCACUCAUGACAUGGCUGCAGUUCGAAAAAUUGCAAAGAGCGUCAGCGGCAGAGGAGGUGGACUCCCGUCGGUGCAAGCUAUGGCUCUUGCUCACGGUAAAGGUAUAAUCGAGGUGGCUUGCAACCUAUUAGAAACAAGUAAAGUUGGUGGCCAUGAAGUUCAACUAGAAGUUGAGCGGCUCGCUAGGAAAGAGGGCAUGGACGUCGGAGAGGGAUAUUAUACUGAUCUUUCGCAGGAGAAAAUUAUUGAGAAUUACUUAAAGCUGGCUGAUCAUUCUUCCCUCUAAUGCUCAAGAUGCCUCUGAUACACAUUUUCAUCUUGAAAAGAGCAUGAUUUCGACGCACAUUUCUUGGUCGUUGGCCUAAUCCGUGUCAACAUUACCACACUAUCUAUAAAUCUUAUAGCUAUAAGAACUUCCAUCUAUUCCUCUGAUCCGUACUGUGAAAUAGUUGGUUGGUCUCAUAGCUAUAAAUUA